AGCGCCGGGUUGCGCUCACAAAUUGCGCUCUCGCCGUCGGUCACCUACUCGGAAGCCGAGCGGUUGACGCAGCAACAUCGCGGCCGGUCCCCGGCGAAGGGACCGGGGCCUGAAGUGUCGCCCUGUUCGCUUCUAAGCUUCCAGCAUGUCGAUGCGAAAGCUGCUGGCCCGCGGCUGGCAGCUAGGCCGGUUGACCUUGCGUCACGUCGCCUCCGCGAUCAGAGUCGGGCCGAGGGCCCCGGUCCUGCGGCCUCGGGUCAAGCAGCCGCUUCAGUACGUGCUGCCAGCCCGUUACCGUUUUUUCCGCCACUCGGUUGGCAGCCUGGCCGCCCAGCUGCAGCGCCAGGCGUUUCGACGGCACCGCGGGACCUUGCUGGCCUUCGGCCUGGGCCUGGGCUUCAUCGAACAGCAGGCAGAGGAGAUAAGAGCAUGCACUACUGUGUGCGACCAGUUGCAGACACAAUUUAAAAGAAAGAAAACAAAGUAUGAAAGCUCUGUACCUUUGCCCACUAUUGGCCAUUGUUUUGAAGAUUACGAGAUUGGAGACCCCCUUGGAAAAGGAUGUAAUGCAGCUGUGUACAAGGCCUUUAUUUCUGAAGGGGCCAAUCCAAAAUCAAGCAGUAAAAUAAUGACAAAAGAGCGACAGCCAGAAAGUGAAAAUGAGGAAAAGAAAGCUGCUGUUGUACCAGAUGUCACCAGUGUUUGUUCCAAAAUAAUAACAAAUAAUUCAACAGUUUCACAGGAAACAUCAAGUCUGAGUUUUAUAGUUUUGAAGAGGGAUCCACCUUCUGAACCUGUGGGGGACGCCGGCUACCCGAGCAUCAGGAACGCCGGCUACCCGGGCACUGGGGACGCCGGCUACCCGGGCACCAGGCCUCUGGGAGACACUAGCCGCCCUCUGGCUUUAAAAAUGCUUUGGAACUUAAAUGCAGAGUCAUCCAGUGAUGCUAUCCUGAGAACAAUGGGGAAGGAACUGGUGCCAACCAUCCCUAAUGCUUUAUCUGGAGAGUUUAGUAAAGCCAAAGAAUUAGUUCUACCCUCCUAUUAUAACAUAGGGAAGCUGAAACCACAUCCAAACAUCAUCCAGAUUGUCCGGGCGUUUACAGCCAAAGUUCCUCUGUUGACCGGAGCACUGGAGGAGUAUCCUGAUGUACUGCCCAAAAGUUUGAAUCCCAACGGGUUUGGACGCAGCCACACACUCUUUCUGGUGAUGAAAAGCUAUCCAUGUACCCUGAAGCAAUACUUGAAAGUGUGUAGCCCCUGGAGUGGGUACGCUGUGCAAAUGAUUCUUCAGUUACUAGAGGGAGUGGAUCAUCUGGUUCAGAAUGGCAUUGCACACAGAGAUCUGAAGGCUGAUAAUAUUCUGGUGGAGUUCGAUUCAGUUGGCUGGCCACGUUUAGUGAUCACGGAUUUUGGCUGCUGUCUGGCAAACUGUGAUCGUGGAUUGAAGCUUCCCUUUACCAGUAUGGAGGUUGACCGGGGAGGAAAUACCUGUCUCAUGGCUCCUGAGAUUUGUACAGCAGUGCCUGGACCCAGAGCAUCCAUUGAUUAUAGCAAAUCUGAUGCCUGGACAGUCGGUACACUAGCCUAUGAGAUCCUGGGACUUCCAAAUCCCUUUUAUCCACAUGGAAUGAAUUAUCUGGAGAGCAGGAGUUAUGAAGAGAACAAGCUACCACCUUUGCCAGACUACGUUCAUAGAAAUGUGAGACGGGUGGUGAAGCUUUUGUUGUGCAGAGAUCCCAAGAAACGCCUAUCAGCAAGAAUUGCUGCAAACAUGUUGCACCUACAACUGUGGAAUUCAGAGCUUCUCACGUCAGCUGAAAUCACUGCGGAGAAGUUAUUCGACUGGCUUUGCUACCAGCUUCUGCCCACCUGCCUGCAGUUUACAAUGAGUUGUGAAUCAACAGUGCAAACCGAACUGAAGAGGAACUUCUUGGCAAAUCUCAGCUUUGAAGAUCUAAACCUGGCACUGGAUCUACUGCUAGUUGGGGAAAAACAACUAGUUUGCCAAUAAUCCUGUGGGUUCCAAAACUGAAAUUAAGAGGAAACAAAUGCUACUAAUUACGAGUCUAGAAAUAAAGCAUUGAAUUUAGCUCCUAAUUAAAAAGAUGAAUAUGCAUUUAAUGAAUUGGGGCUGAUGGUGGAUAAGUAGUUAGAGGUAAAUAGUUGUUUUUUUUGCCAUUCAUGGCUGGCACCAAGGAGGAUAUCCUUAAUUGGCUUCUGUAGAACUUGAACAGUUAGGAAAUAAAUGUGCAGAUUUGUUAUUAACUGUUUCCUGAAGAAUGUUAAUUUGAAAUGGAGUCCAGCUCAUUGCUCAGAUAACUUUGCAUUGCUUGUAUCUCACCCUGAGAAUGUGAAUUUCAGGGUAGUAUAUAGUGAAAUAUAUGUACUUUAAUUUAAAAACCCCUAUCCUGGCACAAAACACUUUAAUCUCUUGUUUUUUGUUCCCAUUUUUAAAGAAAGCUUUCCAUGACACAAAAUGCAAGCAUUUAUCAAGUUGUAAAAGGUGAGUGAAGUGAAGACAUUGUUUAAAUAGCACAGGUGAUGUCACAAAAGCCAUGUUUUUUAAUGUAUAUCUUAUAGGAAGAAAGUGGACGUUAGGAGUUCUACACUUGAGAUUUUAGGGAAGGAGAAAAAAGUUUAUAGAUGUGAACUAUUAAUUCAGUGCGUGGAAAGUCUGAUUGGUCUUGAAUGUAAUCAAAGCACUAUUUUCCUUGUUUGUGAUUUCUGCAUUGUGAAAUCUAUUAAGCUAAUGACUUGGCAUUCACACUGAUCAACAGAUGUGUUCAGUUUGUAUUUGCAGUGUAGCUCUAUUAAACUGAUUUAAGUAAAAAAAAAAGAUUGAAAUUUUGAACAAUGAUCUCAUUUUUGUUCUUUGCCAUCAGAGAAAUCAUUACUUUCUGCUACUGCCUACUCUCCUAUGUGAAAUUUAGACACCUUCUCAGAAGUAUACUGAACUAUAAAACCUAAUUGGAGACAAAAGGGAAUAUGAAUGCUGGAACCAGGUGAGGGGAGGGGAUGGGAGAUAUGAACAAAGAGAGAGUAUACUUUUUAAGUCUACGUGGUGAGGGAGGAGAUGGAGAACAAUGAGGAUGUGAGAUGCUUGAAAUUGGGAAUAAUAAUUUCUCUAUCCCUCCAAUACCCAUCCUCCCCUCGACCCACCUGGUUCUAAACAUCAAUCAUCUCCUCUCCAUCUGGUUCCAACUAUCACCUACUCCAUCCCCCUUUAUAUGAAUAUAUACUGAAACCUUUUUCUGUUCCUUCUCAGUAUUUGAUGCAGGUUCUUGAACCAAAAGAUUGACUUGCACCUUUUGCUUCCAUUUGAGAUCUCAGUGUUCAGUUUUUGUCUUUUUUUUAAAAAAAAAUCAGGAAGGAAUUCCUUUUCAAACUGUAAAUUCAUGAUCAUUAAAUAUUUGAACAUAAUAUUAAGCCCUCAUUAUUUGCACAAUAUACAUAUUAAGAUGGAUCAUUCAUCAUCUGCUCAGGCAAUUAUUUACAAUUGUUUCAUUUCAUUGCUCAGAUAUUUCUGACCCACUUUGCCACAUAUUUGUUAUCUUCUCAACACACACAAAAUGCUGGAAGAAAUCAGCAGGCCAGGCA